GCACGGACAGAUACACAGACAGAGAGAGAGAGAGAGAGUAAAAAAAUAAAAUUAAAAAUUAAAAAAACAGAAAAAGUGGCCCAUUAAAUUGAACAAACUACACACAACACAACAACACGACUGAGAAAGAACCUUUUGCUUUUUAAUGCUCUCUUCUCUCUCUCUCUCUCUUCCUCUUCUUGAUUCUCUCCUUUAUCAAAAAUCGUGCUCUCUUUUCUUCGCUGUGUUUUGUUCUGAGAUGUGAAGAGAGAGAAAGUUUAUAAGCUAUGAAGCAGCUGCUGCUGAAUGAAGGGGUACUUGUUGGAAUGAUGAUGAUGAUGAUGAUGUUGAAGAAAUGGCGGUAGUUCUGAUGAUAAUGGCUCAACAAACCAAAACAAACCAAAACAAUGUCACUCCUGACCAAGUGAAGCCAAUGUUGUAUGAUUUUCUGGGCAUGAAAUCCGCUGAUUCUUCUCCUGUCGUUUUGCCUCCAAAACCCGCCGUUUCACUGCCAUCUCCUUCCCCCUCUGUUUCCUUUGGCGCUUCUUCUAGUGUUCCUGGUCCCCGUGGGCCCAUCUCUUCUACCUCUGAUCUCGCCUCUGUAGAAAGACAGGCUGGAAAUCAUCUUGAGGGGGUUCCAUUUUAUGGUACAAGGAGUGACAUUUCUGGACCUGAGAUAAGCAACAGAUUAGUGGGAAGUAAGAGAAGUAACUCAGAAUCAGCUUUCAUGGGUCAUGAAUACUCUGAGGGACUGCAUUUGAUGAAGCUACUCAGAAAUGGGGCAGGGGGAGAGAAACCAAGAAGGUCCAAUGAUGAUGAGGUCCUCUGUGGUAUGCAGCAAUUGAGGCCAACUUCAGCAUCUCUUAUAUUACAGCCUUCAGCUAACAGUAGAAUGGAUCCCAAUGUUUCUAGAUGGGAGCGAACUAUUCCUAUUAAUACUGGCUCUGCUGCACAGUAUCAUCCACGUGGGGGUCAGUUGGUGCCCUUUAUGCAUCAAGUAGUGCCAAACAGGUUCAAGGAUGCCAAUGCAGGUCCUUUAAUCAUAUCUCAAUCAGCUGCUGAUGAAGGAUCUAGAACUGGGAUUAAAGGUCCUGACAUUUUGAGUUCUGUCAAUGUCUCUGGUGGUGUGUCUGAAAAGAACUCAUCCUCACUUCUGCAAGGUGGAACCAGGCCAAAGUCUGGGUCACUUUUUUCAGAGCCAGAAUCUUCUACUCCUCCAAGUCGACAGGGAUUAGUAUCUGCUAGCCGGCAAAUGACUAUAUUCUAUGGAGGUCAAGCUCAUGUUUUCGAUGAUGUCCAUCCAAAUAAGAUGACUGCCUGGUUGCUGCCUGAUUACUUUCAGGCAGAUGUUAUAAUGGCCUUAGCCGGAUCAAAUGGAGGGUCGUGGUCAACAACCUACUCACCGAAAUCUACUGCAAGGCCUGUUGGUGAAAAUCUCUUGCCCGGUGGAGAUCCUGAAGCACCGAUUUCUGGCAACAUGGCAUUACCACAAGAACUUCGCGGGAGGUUAUCUGUCACAGGUAACACUAGUCAUGGAAGUGGCUCAGGUGACCGAAUUUUGACACCCCCAGGUUUUACAAGAAAUCUGGUUCAAGCAGCAGAGCCUAGUACCGAAGAGAAAAGAGAUAAAUAAUUAAUGUUACAGGGAGUAGUAGGAAGUGUAAUGCUAAAAAAGACAUCCCUCUGUAUUGUGGUUUAUGCUUCAAAAUUUCUGUUAUAUUAGUGAGUUUUUUGACGGUAAAGAGAAGGGAGGUUUAUUCCAUUCCAUCUGGUUUAUAGACCCAAUUAAGCUGCCAUCAAUUCAGCAUCAGACACAGAAUAUUUUCAGGCUCUCACUGGCAGAGCGCUGUGACAUAUGAAAAUUAGAGGAGUACGACAUGUCGUAGCUGAAAAUUGGAAUAGAACGACAUUAAUUCAUAAUUUGUUUCAAACUUUUAAUUCCAGAGGCAUAUGUGGACAUUGUUCUAUUAUCUAUCAAAGCAUCACUUCUAUGA